UUGAAAAGGAAAUCCUUCUCUCUCAAAAUCAUGAGCAAUGUCUCUGGAUCUUCUAGCUGUUCGAAAAAUGUCCGCGAAAGAGGUAGAGUUGUUGGUGUACCUAAGAGAUGUUGGUGUGGAGAAGCAGUUGUGGCCAAAACUUCCAAAUCCGACCAUAACCCAAAUCGACGGUACUUUCGUUGUGUGUAUGCAGCUGGAAACAAGCUUAUGAAUGACAAUCACCUUUUCAAGUGGAUCGAUGAGGCUUUGUUGGAUGAGGUGGAGACAAUGAAAGAGUUCUUAUCAGAGACAAUGAAGGUUGAGAAGAAGAUGCAAAUGGAGCUUGAGAAGAAGAUGGAAAUGGAGCUUGAGAAAGAGAUAUUUGAGAGGAUUGAAGAUGUAAAAGCUGAAUUCAAAACCAGGAUGAAUAGGAUGAUAAUUGUUUUAGUAGUUGGUUGUUUGAUCAUCUGUGGUCUAGUUAAGCUAAUAUGA